AUGGCUAAGGUGCUGUCCCCGGCCCGAGCGGCUGUCUGCUUCAUUACCGUCCUACAAGUCCUGUUAUCUUUCUCGUCCUUGUCACCUAACAACGGCGAUUUCCACCACGGUUCUGGCCUUCACCUCUACCAAGACACGCGGUCGGUGUCGGCGAGUUCAGCACCACUGGGAAGGGGCUUCAUCAUGGCAGAGGCCCAUCCUUUCCCACACAAAUGUGUCAAUAGCACGACCGAGGCGACUCGAUCUUUCAUCGAGUCCCUGUUCACGGCUGUUGCACUCGACAACUUUGGCACCUCGUUUGCUGCCGCGCUGUCCGAUGACCUCGUGUGGACGGUCACCGGAAGCAGUCCCAUCGCAGGCACGUACAGCGGCAAACAGGUCUACAUCGACAAAGUCCUCACACCGUUGCGGGACGUGUUGGUGAUUCUUCCCGUACCGAUUGUCGAGCACAUCUUCGUCGACGGGGAUUGGGCCACGGUGAACUGGCGAAGUGAAGGUGUGUUUGGCAAGAAUGGUGCGAACUACGACAUGCAGUAUGCGUGGUUGAUGAGGACCGAAUUGGACGACACGGACGCCAGGAAGAUUGUCGAGGUCGUCGGCUUCUAUGACAGCGUCAAGGUCAAUGCUGUCUUUGAAGGCUAUGUCUUCAACACCACAAAGGCAUGA